AUGGAAACAUGUAAAUUAGUCAAAAGAUUUAAUCCAAAAUUAUCAAAAACAUUUAAAAAAUUAUUAAAUCCAAAAAAAAUACAUAUUAAAUUUGGUACUGGUGAAAUUGAAGGUACACCUGCUAAUGAUAUUAUUAAUAUUAAUAAUAUGUCAUUUAAACAAAAUUUUGCACUUGUUGAUUAUGAAUCGGAUUCUAAUGUUUUUCAGAAAAUAAAAUUUGAAGGUAUAGUUGGAUUAGGAUUUUCAGAAAUGUCAAGUAUAUCAGGACCAUCAAUACUAGAGAAUAUAUUUUCAUAUAAUAAUAUGGAAAAGGAAUUUGCAUUUUAUAUUAAUGAUGAUGAUGCUUUAUUAAUGUUUGGUGGUGCUGAUGACAGAUUUUAUGAAGGUGAUUUAAAAAUGUUUCCAGUUGUUAGAGAACAUUAUUGGGAAGUUUCACUUGAUGCUAUUUAUCUUGAUAAUAUUAAAUUAUGCUGUAAUCAACCAAGUUAUAUUAUUUUCGAUUCUGGUACUUCACUUAAUAGUUUUCCAAGUUCUGAAUUCAAUUAUUUUAAACAACUUAUACAAUCGGUACGUUACCCCGUUACGGUGCUUGCUCCUCCCCUACGGGGGGGAUGUAAAAAUGGUAAUGAUAUGAUAUUAACAUAUAUUAUGGGUGGUGAAAAAAUAAUUUUAAGACCUGAAGAAUAUAUUUAUAUUGAUAAUGAUGAAUAUAUUCCUGGUUAUAUGCAAUUAGAUGUACCAUCUGAAUUUGGACAUGCUUAUGUACUUGGUUCUUCUACUUUUAUGAAAUUUUAUUUUACUCUUUUUCAACAAUAUACUGAUCGACCUUCUAUGGUAUGUUACAGUUACGUUACGGUGCUUGUACAUCCCCUACGGGGGUACUAG